AUGAGGCCCUCCAGCCUGCAGCUCCUGACCGCAGCAUCCCCCAGAGACAGACCUGGGAGACCACGGCACACCAGCCAACCCAGCCGGCUAGAGACUGAGACAGGACCUCACCGCACUCGGAUGGAGACUGAGACAGGACCUCGCCACACCCGUGUGGAGACAGGAGUGGCUAAAAUGAACUCGGUUGAGGUUCUGGAUCAGGCCUCACUCAGUGUUACUAUGGCGACCAACAGAAGAGCAGUUCUGCGGAUGGCCAAUGGCUGCACUGCUGGAGUUCCCACUGUAGUGACCAACCGCCUGAUGGUGGGAGGAGGAAUCACUAACCCAGCCGGCCCAAAGGAGGAAGAGGAGGAGGCCUGCAGCAGCUCAGCGGGCGUGGCUUCUCAGUCCACGGUGGCGCUGAACUUCCUGUGGAGCCCAGACGACCGGCAGCCGUUACUGCACAGGGAGGUCCCCCCGGCCGGAGCCCUCCUGUCUGCUCCCAACACCAACAACAACAACAGCAACCACCAGAGCUGCAGGUGUUCCUCUGAGGGGGGUCCAGGACUGAGACCGGCCCUGGACCCAGAUCCAGCCUAUGUCCCUGCCUCCCAGGCUCGUCCAGUCCACUCACAGCAGGGUACUUGCACCAAAACGCCACAAUCUUCAAACCAACAUCUCGAGCACACAGAAGUCACCAGUGAAGGCUUGAACCUUACUGCUGCGUCCUCUGACCCCGCCCUGUCCCGGUCUGCGGCCCCUGUCCCAGACUCAGACAGAGACCUCCCACUGAGCUCAGCACCAGCUCUGGUUCAGGACCCACAGACUUUAGCACAGCGCUUUGCAGACGCAGCAGACGGACACUGGUGCAGAGACACAGACAGGAGCAGAUAUGUGUCCUUGGGCCUCCGCUCUGCUCCAGACGGGGACCACCGCCUCCCUCGGCCCUGCUCCCUGGACCUGUCCUCCUCCUCUGCCCUGGAUGGCAUCGAUCAGAGCGACUCGGGCUUGAGUGUCGCAGGAGAGAAGAUCCGCCGCCGGGUCAAGACGCCUUACACCGUGAAGAAGUGGCGGCCGGCCUCGUGGGCGCCCCCCAGUGACCAGCACCCAGACCUGCAGCUGCUGACUUCCGCCUUCCCCACAAUGGUCCAAUCCCGGUCCAGUACGGCCGCCUUGGUGCAGCGGGACACCUCCAAACCGGACGGGAUCACCAGUUUCUGA